AUGAAAUCAAACAAUCUACCAGUUGACCAGAAACAGAGGAAAUUAACUCAGUUAGCAUCAACACACAACCAAUAUCAACCAUUUUCUUCUUAUUAUCUUUGGUAUCUAAUAGACAGAUUUCAUUUUAUCAUUGAUGACAUUCAAUCAAUUUUAACAUUUACUAAAAACACUUGUUUUAAUGAAUUUGCGAACGAAUUUAUGAACGAAAGACAAAAGGCUGAAUUAGAAGGAAAUAAAGGAAAAAGUUUAUUUUGCAAGAUUUCACUUAAUGGAUCAUAUGGUUACGAUGCAAUGAAUACGCAAAAUUACGCAAAGACUAAAAUAAUGAAUGCACAGAAGGCACGCGUUGCAUGUAUGUCAAAUAA